GAGGAAGGAUUUUUGGGGAGUCAGGGGAACCAGGGAAAGAAGAGAGGGCCACAGACACAAAGGGAACGAGGAUUCGGGGAGGUUAAGGAAAGACACAGUCGGGGAGGAGGGAGAAGAAACAAGAAACGAGAAACGAGAAAGAAGGAAAAUUGUGAGACAAGAAGUAUAAAACCUAAAAGGAAGAAGCAGAGAGGAGGCAGAGAUGAGAUUGCCAGGAUUACUCUUCUGCCUUAUAUUGUCCCUGACUCUCAGGGGCAGCUGGGAAGCUUCCCUGGGUGCUGCAGAGCCUGAGGAAUUUGCUAAUGGGGGACAGAUUGGCGAAGGUUUAGGGGAACCUGUUGUCAAUGGGCUUAAAAGAUCUGUUGAAAGUGACUGGCAGAACAUUCACCACCCCGGGGUAGCUGCUGUUGGGGAUGAUGUUGGUCGUGGGAUACAGGAUAUAGGUAGUGCCAUCAGUCAUGCUGGUGGCCAGGUGGGCAAAGAUAUCAGCGAAGCUGGUAAAGCUAUCAAUCAUGGAAUGGAUAUUGUCCAUCGUCCAUGGCAAGGCAUCCAUCAUCAGGGGAUCGGCAAUGCACAUGGCAAGCCUUUAUUUGGAGGGCAUGGAAUCUCUGGAGCCAACUCCCAUCAUGGCCAUGGGCUCCUGGGAGGUCAUGAAAGCUCAAGCAGCAGUGGUGUCCAUGGCCAAGGAAGCCACACUGGGAGUCACUCUCAAGGUUCAUCUCAGGGUGCCUCAUCCAGUCAGGGGAGCAAUUCACAGGGAAGUCAUUUGGGCAACGGGAAGCUGGGGGAGAGGAGCAGCAACCAGGAAUCAGGGUGUACCAACCCCCCAUCCUCUGGGUCAGGAGGAAGUGUCUCUGGGGGAGACUCCAGUAGCAGUGUCAGCAGUACUCCAAGCUCCUAUGCAAGGGCAACAACCCCAGAAGCAACCACUAGUGGAAACAGAAACCAGGCAUCUACAUCAUCAUCAUCAUCAUCCUCUGGCAGUGGUGGAAAUAAUGGUGGCGUCCAAGGGUGCGAGAACCCAAGCGGUGGACAACAGGGAGGUAGCUCUCCCAGCAAUGGGCAGCCUGGAUCUGGCUCUUCAAGUGGAUCUAACAACUGGGGAGGCAGCUCUCCCAACAGUGGGCAGCCUGGAUCAGGCUCUUCAAGUGGAUCUAACAACUGGGGAGGCAGCUCUUCCAGCAAUGGGCAGCUUGGAUCUGGCUCUGCAAAUGGAUAUAACUGGGGAGGCAACUCUCCCAACAGUGGGCAGCCUGGAUCUGGCUCUGCAAAUGGAUAUAACUGGGGGACUAAUUCAGGGUUACCUUCAGCAGGAGGGAAUGGCGGUUCUGGAAUUAAUGGUGUGGACUCUGGGUCCAACAUGGCUGGAGGAGAAAUUGGAGGAGCAGAAAUCAACGGUGGAAACGGAGCUCUUAACUCUCCCUCCUCUCAAGGCUUCUUCAACUUUGACACGUUCUGGAAGAACUUUAAAUCCAAGCUGGGCUUCAUUAACUGGGAUGCCAUAAACGGCAAGAAUCAGAUCCCAUCAUCCAAUGUCCGGGCCCUACUUUACUUCCGAAGGCUCUGGGAGGAUUUCAAACACAACACACCUUACAUCAACUGGAAAUUUAUCACUGAGGAUGCUGAUGAGCCUUCUCUUCAGAAGAGGUCGGGGGGCUCCGAUCAGAGCUACAACCAGCAGUCGUACCCCUCUGGUUAUGGAGGACAAUACCCGGCUAAGGGAGGACAGGGUGGACAAGUGACUACUUCCUCGGCUGCUCAGGCCAUGCCAGACCUGCUCCAGUGGAUGAGGUUUUGGUAGAGCUCAUGACUUCCAGUCAUGAUGGGGCCCCUGCACACAGCAGACUUGGAGGAGUACAGACUACCCUGCCCUUGCCCUCCACAGCUCCCUUCCCAGCACCUUGGACCCUCAGCUCGUCUUCUCGCUGGAUUGGAGAAUCUAUUUGUCUGGUCCUUGUUUGCUUGCAUGUCUCCUGCCCUGGCAUGUGACAAUAGCCAGGUGGCUGGUACCCUGAGAGAGGAGCACAGUUUCCUCUCUCUAAUUGCCUGGUUACCAUGACAACUGUAUAGGAGUUAUUGCUGCUUUCAGGGCCUUCUCAGUGGAAAUAAAACAAAAAUGUUGUUACCUCCAAAUCAUUCUGGUGGUCUCAUUC